UCACCGACCUAACUCACCAACCCCUUUUGCCUCUUGUUUUUCUCAUCGAUCACAGAGAGAGAGAGAGAGAGAGAGAGAGAGAGGAAAUGGCUACCAUCUCCAAGCUCGCAAACCCAUCUUGCCCUGUUGCUUCCGUCAAGCCCAGAUCUUCAUCGUCUUCCUUCUUGCCCAGAUCCUUCGUCGGCUUCAACGGUAGAAGCGAUUUCAACGUCAAGCUUUUGUCCUCGCAGCUGCGCCUGCGUUAUGAUCAACAAUCGCGAGCCUCUCUGAUUGUCAGGUGUUCUGCUUCUGGUGGAAAUGGAAGUGCCACUAAGAGAACGACUCUUCACGAUCUCUACGAGAAGGAAGGGCAGAGCCCUUGGUACGAUAAUUUGUGCCGCCCUGUUACAGAUCUUCUCCCUCUCAUCGACAAUGGCGUUAGAGGUGUAACGAGCAACCCUGCGAUCUUCCAGAAAGCCAUAUCUUCCUCAAACGCUUACAACGAUCAGUUCAGGGAACUUGUACAAUCUGGAAAAGACAUCGAAAGCGCAUACUGGGAACUCGUGGUGAAGGACAUUCAAGAUGCCUGCAAGCUUUUCGAGCCCAUUUAUGAUGAGACUGAUGGCGGCGAUGGUUAUGUCUCAGUCGAAGUUUCUCCGAGACUCGCUGACGAUACCCAAGGGACCGUCGAAGCAGCGAAAUGGCUUCACAAAAUCGUCAGCCGCCCAAAUGUCUACAUUAAGAUUCCCGCAACUGCUUCAUGCAUACCUUCCAUCAGGGAUGUCAUUGCUUCUGGCAUUAGUGUCAAUGUCACGCUUAUAUUCUCCAUUGCUCGAUAUGAGGCUGUGAUCGAUGCAUAUUUGGAUGGCCUUGAGGCCUCUGGACUGGACGACCUCUCGAGAGUCACGAGCGUCGCUUCCUUCUUUGUCAGCCGAGUUGACACUCUCAUCGACAAGAUGCUCGAGAAAAUCGGUACCCCUGAGGCCCUGGAUCUCCGUGGGAAGGCCGCCGUUGCUCAAGCCGCAUUAGCCUACCAGCUGUACCAGAAGAAAUUCUCGGGUCCCAGAUGGGAAGCUCUGGUAAAGAAAGGUGCCAAGAAACAGAGGCUUCUCUGGGCAUCGACCAGUGUGAAGAACCCUGCUUACCCCGACACUUUGUACGUCGCUCCCCUCAUCGGGCCUGACACGGUUUCGACCAUGCCGGACCAAGCCCUUGAAGCGUUCGUCGAUCACGGGAAAGUGGGUAGGACGAUAGAUGCCAAUGUAUCGGAGGCAGAAGGGAUAUACAGCGCGUUGGAGAAGCUGGGGAUAGACUGGAACAAGGUCGGGGAUCAGCUGGAAGACGAAGGGGUCGACUCGUUCAAGAAGAGUUUCGACAGCCUGCUCGGUACACUCCAGGACAAGGCCAACUCUCUCAAACUAGCCAGCCACUGAAACUGAAAACAUGUUCGUUUUUCUCUUCCCUCUUGGUGGUAAUAAAGAAGCAAGAACUGGUUCUCAGAAAAACCAGUGCUUUGGUUAAAAGGUUGUGUCUUUUGUCGGGAUUUGAAAAAAAAAUGGCAGUCUUUUGACGUUUUGUUCUUGAACGAGUUCGAUUUGGGUUAAGCUUUGUUCACUCACUGUUUUAUGGCUAAGUUACAGAAACGUUUACGAAUUUACAAAGAUGGAGGUAGUAUAGAAA